AUGAGCGAGGCAGCGUCAGAAGCUGUAAAUCGAAACAUCGAGGAAACCGAAAAACAAACAGUAGAUUGGAGCGAAAGGGUCCUUCCAAGCGGAAGCGAACCACCUUUUGAAGGGGCAGAACCGAGCAGUAGUCGGGCGGAAAAUGAUGACGACAAUGCGUCAGAAAGCGAUUGGAAGCCCCAGCGAAGCGGCGCCUUCCAUGCUUUGGUACAAAUGCUGAGGGACGGCGGUGACCCUUACCAGCUGGCGAGAAUGAUCGGCCUCGACUUCUCCCGCGAUGAAAAUCCAAUGCGUGUCAUUCAGCACCUCCUAGCCGCUUUUGCCGAAGAAAAACGAGAGCGGCAGCGAAAACUCUCGCUGGAGGAAAUCGUCGAACUUAUCCAAAAGUCAAAAAAUAUCAUGAUCCUGACGGGAGCGGGAAUAAGUGUUUCCUGCGGCAUUCCUGAUUUUAGAUCGAAAAAUGGUCUCUACGCAAAAUUAGCAGUUGAUUUUCCUGAGCUUCCAGAUCCACAGUCGAUGUUCUGCUUGCAAUUUUUCAAAGGCGAUCAGCGCCCAUUCUUUCGCUUUGCGAAGGAAAUCUACCCCGGCAGCUUCCAGCCCUCCCCUUCGCACAAAUUCAUCGCCGAACUCGAAAAACGCGGCAAACUUCUCAGAAAUUUCACUCAAAACAUCGACGGCCUAGAACAAGAAGCAGGGAUCCAAAACGUGAUCCAAUGCCACGGCCACUUCCACACUGCCACUUGUCUCGAUCCAAACUGCAAGGCGAGGUACAAGUCUUCGGACAUCAAAGAGGAAAUCUUCGCGCAGCGAAUUCCUCGUUGCAAAAAACUUCGAACUAAAAAGCGCCUGAUUCCACGGCCAAAAGAGAAGUCCGAAAUCCCGACGGUUUUGACGAAGGAAGAGUCUUUCGAAACUUACGAAGACGAAUGCGGAUCAGUUAUUAAACCGGAUAUUGUUUUCUUCGGCGAAAGUCUUCCGAAGCAUUUUCAUAAAGCGAUGGUUGACGAAAAGGACAAAGCUGACCUAUUAAUCGUCAUGGGCUCGAGUUUGAAAGUAGGCCCAGUGAACGAAAUUCCCGACGCGCUGGACAGCUCGGUGCCCGCAAUUCUGAUUAACCGCGAGUCGCUGCGCUACGCCUCCGAGUUUGACGGCGAGCUGCUUGGAAAUUGUGAUGAUAUCGUCGCCGUGCUGGCCAAUAAGCUUGGCUGGAGCGAUUUCGGCGGCUCGGGCGGGGCUGCAGAGGUCAGCGAAGUUACUAGAGAAGAGUUGGAAAAGAUAAGCAAAGAGGAGGAUAAAGAAGAAAACAAGGAAUUUGAAGAAGGUGUUCCGCCUGAAAAGAGACGGAAAAUCGAAGAAAACAGCGCUGAAAAUGAUAAGGACGAGGCUAAGCCCGUCGUAAGUCAUCAAAGUCGAAGGCCAAGGGUUGAAGUACCAAAGGGCGUCUUCUGCCAGCUCGAAAGUGGAUACCAGACAGUUUUUCAUGGACACGAGCUGCUUCCGGACGGAUAUGAGAGUAGUUCAAGCGAAGAAUCGGAUGAGGAAAAUGAAGAAGAAGAGGAUGGCUUCAAUGGGUACGAGGAUAUUCCCGAAUCAGAGAGAAAGAAAGACACGGAAAAUCAAGAAAACGGAGAGGCUAUCUCUGGACCGUCUGGCGGGAACGUCAUCGCUACUGAAGAAAAACUGAAAGAAGAAAUUGCGGAAGAAAGCGAAGAAAAAAGAGAACAGCCAUUAUAA